AAACACGUCCAGAAUUACCAGAAGCUGUAUGUACACAAGCUGCUAUCUUACCAUCAUCAGGUGAAAUACGUUGGGUUCACUCUGGUUUAGAUUUGAAUGCUGACUGGGUUAUUGAAUGUGGUGAUAUUACUGCAUAUAAAUUGCAAUCGUUUGGUGGUGGAUGGAGUGAUUGGUAUGUACUCGGCGUAAAUGAUGGUAAUGGUUUAAGACGAAACGCACACAUACCUACAUUAUUUGUAAAUUAA